AUGGACUAUUCCAUGCUCAUUGGCGGGCGUCUUGUCUCCGGCGACAACAUGCUCGAUGUCAUAAACCCCGCAACGGAGGAGCCGUUCGCGCGCGUACCCCGCGCGAGCCGCGCCCAGCUCGACGAAGCCGUGGCGGCCGCCACGCAGGCCCAGAAGGCCUGGGAGGCCACGCCGAUGGCAGAUCGCCGGGCCAGGGUCGAGGCGUUGUCGGCGGCAAUCGCCGACAAUGAAUCGGCGCUUGCGCGCCUGAUAACGCUGGAACAGGGCAAACCGCUGCCCGAGGCGGUCGGCGAAGUGCAAUGGAGCGUCGGUUACUUGGCUCAUACCGCCACUCUGCAACUGCCCGAUCGGGUUAUUCAGGACGACGACGAGUUCUUCAUCGAGACCCGGCACAAGCCCCUCGGCGUCGUCGGCGGCAUCAUCGCCUGGAACUUCCCGCUGCUUUUGUGCUGCUGGAAGAUCGGCCCGGCACUCAUGGCAGGAAACGCGAUCGUGCUGAAGCCCGCCCCGACAACACCGGUUGCCGCGCUGAAGCUGGCGGAGAUCUGCGCCGACAUCUUCCCGCCGGGCCUGGUCAACAUCAUAACCGGCGACGGCGAUCUGGGUCCGCAAAUGUCCAGUCAUCCGGGCAUUUCAAAGAUCGGCUUCACCGGUUCGUCGGAGACGGGCAAGCGGAUCAUGGCGGCGGCAGCCAACUCGAUGAAGCGCGUCACCCUGGAAAUGGGCGGCAACGACCCGUCCAUCAUCAUGCCCGAUGUCGAUGUUCGAGCCACCGCCGAGAAGGUGUUCGGCGGUGCGUUUCUGAAUGCCGGUCAGGUCUGCCUGGCCGUCAAGCGCGCCUAUGUGCACGAGGACAUUUAUGACGAAUUCUGCGGCGCUCUGUCCGAGAUCGCCGGGCAGGCCGUGGUGGGCGACGGUCUGCAGCAGGGCACGACCAUCGGACCGAUCCAGAACAAGAAGCAGUUCGAGAAGGUGAAGGACUAUCUCGAAGACGCAAGGAGGAGCGGCACCGUCAUCGCCGGCGGGCGCACCCGCGACGGCAAGGGCUACUUCGUCGAGCCGACGAUCGUGCGCGAUGUGACCGACGGCCAGAGGAUCGUGGAUGAGGAGCAGUUCGGCCCGAUCCUGCCUGUCAUAUCCUUCAGCGACGUCGACGAUGUCGUGACCCGCGCAAAUGCGUCCGACUAUGGCCUGGGCGGUGCCGUCCACUCCGCCGAUGUCGAGGCCGCCACCGAUAUCGCCGGACGGAUCGAAACCGGAACGGUCUGGGUCAACCAGCAGCUCAAUAUCGGACCCCAUAUUCCCAUGGCCGGGUUCAAGGGCUCCGGCCUUGGUGUUGAGCAGUCUGUCGAAGGGCUGGCGGAAUACACCCAAAUGCAGGUGAUCAACGUCGCCCGCGCACAAGCCUGA